CGAACAGCAGCGCUAUCACUUCGACUCAUCUUUCACUAAACAUAUAAGUCUCCUACUGCAAAUCUUGACCUUCACACAACAGCGAAUUGCCUUGGCGUUGCACACAGAGCCUGAAAUACGUCGAAAUCGCCCAGUCACUAGCCGGCAUAGAAUCCCAUGGCCUCCCCCUCCCCUAUCCACCUCGAAGGCACAACCCUCGAAGGCGGCGGCCAGCUCCUCCGCCUCGCAACCUGCCUCUCCGCCCUGACUUCCACGCCCCUCCGCAUCACCAACAUCCGAGGCAAGCGCUCCGGUGGCGGCGGCCUAAAAGCACAGCACCUCACUUCCAUUCAAUUCCUCAGCCAAGCAUCCAAUGCAAGACUUAGCGGCGCGGGUCUGAAGAGCAAGGAGAUCACGUUCCUCCCAGGUCGAAAAGGGUUGCGUAGUUCUUGGGAGGGCGGCGAGGUAGUCAUCAAGCAGAACACGCCUGGCAGUGUGAACCUAGUGCUCCAGGCUAUACUACCUUAUUUACUGUUUGCUGGUGGAAGAGACGGGGAUGCAAAGAUCGGAGUGAGCAUCACAGGCGGGACGAACGUGUCGAACUCGCCAUCCUACGAAUAUGUCGACCAAGUUCUCUUUCCCAUGCUCGCGCUCAUCGGUAUCCCGCCCAUCGAGGCUGAACUCCACUCCAGAGGCUGGUCGACAGGAAGUACGAGACUAGGAGGCGUUACCUACACCAUUGCCCCACUGACGAAACGACUACCCGCUUUCCAGCUCACCGAACGCGGCGACAUAAAAAGCAUUCGGGCGACUAUCCUCGCUCCUAGAGCUUGCGAGCAGCACUUCCGCGAGGAGCUCGACGCCAUGUUCGAUAAACGCUCAACGCACAUCUUCGGGCAGCGUGACCCUGACAGUGAAGUCACGUUCGAGGACUCGCACCACGACAAGCGCUUCUACCUCCUUCUUGUAGCCACCACAACAACUGGAAUGAAGCUUGGUCGCGACUGGCUGUACGAUCACGGUGUCCGCAGCGGCAAAAUCGACAGAGUAGUUUCGAGCGUCGUGAAGAAAGUCUUCGACGAUCUGAUUGCGGAAAUUGACCACGGCGGGUGUGUGGACGAGCAUUUGAGGGAUCAACUGGUUGUGUUUCAGUCAUUGGCGGAGGGAAAGAGUAGGGUGUUUGGCGGGAAGAGGAAGGGUGGGUUGGUGAAGCCAAGUUUGCAUGCUAAGACGGCGCAUUGGGUCGCGAAUGAGAUCGUUGGUGUGCAAUUUGACGAGGAAGGAAGCUGCGCGGGUACUGGUAUCUGCGUGGGGGGAGAGGAAGAGGAGGUAGAGCAGAAAGUGGAUGAGGACUUGGUCAAGGGGCUCGAGAAGCUGGAAGUAGUGGCUUGAGGUAGGACUGCUAGUCCCCUCGCUUCUCGUGUCCAUCGUUGGA